GGAAGAGAUUAAGAAAAGGAUUUAAAGUCAACAAUGCAUUUUGAAUCAAGUUAAUCAUUAGGCUAAAUGUUAUAGGCUAUACAAAAUUGGCACUGUAAUGUAAAGUGUUACUUUUUAUACUCCUAUCUGUCAUGCAGGUUUCGCGGAUCCGUGCGGCGCGUAAAAUUGAGUGGCUCAGAUGCGCGCUAACGCACCACUUCAGCCCAGAUCCCUGCGUGGAAAACGAGAUCGUGGUUUUGGCCAUCGGUGUGGACCAGUAUCUCCAGGAGGUGUUUCAUCACCUCGCCUUUUACCACGGUGAUGACCUCGUCUCGAAUGAGGACUUUAGGAGUCUGUGUUUGAUUUUGGGGAUCCCCGCGAGCGCAGAGACCGAGAACGGCACCUCAGAGCACCGGGAUAUUUGCGAUGGACUUCCUCUUGUGCUGAACUUUAAAGUCUUCCACGCACGGCUUUGUGGUUUUUUCUCGCUAAAAGCGCAGGAAGGACAGACGGGAGUUCGACUUCCGAUCAGCGAGGAGACCGAGCACAUCGAGCGGGAGAUCAGGCUCCGGUGUCCCCGCGUCCGGAGGAGAAAGUGCGUCAGCUUUGAUCUGUCUGCCGACCAACAGAACCGGAGGAGGUCAGUGAGGAGAUCCGGACCCUCUCAGAAUCCGGAUCAUUUGCAGAGCUCUGCUGUGGAACCCAAAAGAAACGCAGUGGAUAUUAUCCCUCAGAGGAGAUGGCAGGACCAGCUGGAGCUGGAGAACGCCAGUCUGAGGGAGCUGGUGGAGGACUUGCGUUCUGCCCUCCAGAGUAGCGACGCACGGUGUUUGGCACUGGAGGUGGCCUUAUGCCGAAAAGACGUGCCGUCCCAACAUACUGCUGGAGGAACCUCUGAAAAACAGGACUGCAAAACAAAAACACAACAAUCCAAACACAUGGAAUGGGACUCCAGAAGAAGCACUAAAGACCUCCUACGAGAGCUGGAACUGAUCCGUGCUUCUCGCGAUGGACAGCUGGAGGAAGCCAUGCGCUUUAACCAGAGGUUAGAGGAAGAGCUGAUGGCGGCUUAUGGAGAGAUUAGCAGGAUGCAGGAGAUGCUGGACAGCGUCUGGACGGAAAACACACGGAUUAAGAAGAGGACAGAAGAGGUCAGAGAGUCUCUGGCCGCAGGGCUGGAGGGUGUGAGGACCUUACAAGACCAGGCUCGACAAGCUGACCUGCUCCGAGAACAAGUCCAGAGUCUGGAGAGCCAGCUGGAGAAGUUCAGGUAG